CGGGAAUGGGGAAAAGUGGAGCGCGCCAAGAUUUUGCCGCCUAGGGUUUCCCCUCCUCCUCCCUCUUCUCCACUGCCGUUCGUCUCACUAGCAGCGGCGCGAGGGAUCCAUGGCGGGGGAGGCCAAGGAGCCGGAGGCGGCCGCCCAGGGCGAGGGGUCCAAGGCCAAGGCCAAGAAGCCCAAGGCUGCGGCGGCCGCGGCCGCCCAGGACGGGGAGGGGGCCAAGGCCAAGGCCAAGAAGCCCAAGGCGGCUGCUGCGGCUGAGGAGGGGGAGGGGGCCAAGGCCAAGGCCAAGAAGCCUAAGGCGGCUGCGGCCGCCGAGGAGGGGGAGGGGUCCAAGGCCAAGAAGCCUAAGGCGGCUGCGGCCGCCGAGGAGGGGGAGGGGGCCAAGGCCAAGAAGCCUAAGGCGGCGGGCGCGCCGGUGGCGGCGAUGGCGGAGGCGGAGGUGGAGGAGCUGCCCAAGGCCAUCGUGCGGCGGCUGGUCAAGGACAAGCUCGCCCGGGCCGCGUCCGGCGGCGAGGGGGCAGAGGGAGGGGCCGAGGUCAUCGUCAACAAGGACGCCAUGGCCGCCUUCGCCGAGGGCGCCCGCAUCUUCAUCCACUACCUCUCCGCCACGGCGAAUGAUGUGUGCAAGGACGGAAAGAGGCAGACGAUCAACGCCGAGGACGUCUUCAAGGCGCUUGAUGAGAUCGAGUUCCCCGAGUUUGUGGAGCCCCUGAGGACUGCACUGGAAGAGUUCAGAAGCAGAAACGCAGCCCGGAAGCCAGCAUCAGGCAAGAAGCAAUCUGAAAAGAAGAGGAAAUUGGAUAAAGAGGCAGUGCCCGAAGAGCAAAACGGUGCAGCCGAUGAAGCCAACGCGGACAAGGAUGAGUUUUUCUGACCUUAUGAUAGGCUGAAUCUGAGUCACAUUAGCGGGUGUGCUUUCUUAGCAGUAUGCCCCUUGUGCUCUGUUUCGCGGUGUCUCUAGAUGCAGAACUGUCGUGUACUUGGUAUCAUGAUGUAUGGCUUUGUUUCUGUUCCAAACAUUGUCAGCUAUGCUAGCUAGGUCAAAUUGUGAACCUCGUCUUCGUGCUAUUUAAAUUAACACCUGUGGUGAAAUAUGUUUUGGGGUUAAUGGUAGACAUGAAUAAGUUGUGGAAGCUGCUGGUUUUCUAUGCACAA